AAAGUGAAAUUCUAUGAUAUUUUUUGGAACUCAUCGAUUUUUUUAACAUCUAAUAAAUUCCAAGAAUCAUAGAAUCUUACAAAAACAAUUUUAAAAUUUUCAACAACCAUGGGAGUUGGGAGUUGGGAGUUGAAAAUUGAGCUUUGACGGCUGUCCUUCUGAUAUGAAAAUCUAAUAUAAAAUAUUAAUUAACAAGCUACAGCAAUCGGAGACGACAGCCCGGGAGGGGAAACAGUUGAGAGAUGCAGGUGGAUGAAGCCAGAAUAUUGCUAGGGUUUCCUCCCAAUUCUCGCCCUACACAAUUCCAGGUUAAAUCGGCGUACAAGAAGAAGGUAUGGGAGUCUCAUCCUGACCGUUUUCCAGUUCAUGAAAAAUGUCAUGCAGAGUCGCAGUUUAAAUUGAUUUCAGAAGCUUAUUCUUGCCUGCGUUCUGGUGCAAGAGCAGGAGGUUCAGCCCCUGCUGCAUACACACAAGUUGUGAGAACUGGAGUUCCAAGGGCAUAUGUCAGGAGAAGAAAUCAUUUCAUGAUUAGGGUCCCAUUCUUCCUCAUUGUUCUAGGAACAGUUGCACUUGGUGGAUUAAAUGUUACCAGGGCUUAUAAAAGGCAAAAGGAGGUGUACCCCUCUCACAAUCCUUUUCUCCCUUGAUAUGAAACCAUAAGGAGGUACUGGAAUCAUUCUGGACUUGGUUUUGUUGUCUGUUUUCUGCUUUUACAUUGUACUUGUAACCCAUUGGUAUAAGACAGCAUAGUAAUAGCUGCUUCAAAUGUAAUUACUUAAAACUUAAUGGUUGUUGGACAAUUGAAACCUAAUCAGUGGAAAUUGUCAUUGUAAACA